AUGUCGGGAUACGAAACGGUGCUGUUUGUAGCACGCGAGUGCUUCGUCUAUCGCGUGCCACCGCGCUCGUCGACGGCAGGCUACAAAGCAGCAGAAUGGGGCGACAUGGAAGCGUUCCUCUGGAAGGGUCGACUGCGCAUCAUGGAGAGAUCCGAUGCCACCACAUGCUCGAUCCGGCUUGAAGACGCCGACUCUGGCGAACUGUUCGCCGAGUGCCCAUACGACAUCACGGGAACUUCGGUCGAACCCGUCCUCGAUUCUAGUCGCUACUUCGUCCUCAGAGUCGAAUCACAAACCUCAGACGCCAAAAAAAAGAAGGCCUACAUCGGCAUGGGUUUCCAAGAUCGAAGUGAUAGCUUCGACUUUAACGUCGCCCUCCAGGAUUGGACAAAACGUCAAAAAGCAGCCGCCAAUCGAGCCUCAUAUCUGUCCAACGACGACACUCCACUGAUCGACGAUGCACCAUCUCCGCACCUCCCGACUGGGCCCAAAAAAGACUUGUCGCUCAAAGAAGGCGAAACGUUCGCCAUCAAGCUCCCCGGCGGCGGCGGACGAAAGAUCACAUCCGCUUCGUCUUCCAGCUCAUCAUCACGCCUCGGUGGAGCCUUCGCCGGUGGCCCGCUCCUGCCCCCACCGCCAAGCAAGAAGAGGUGA